AUGGAAGAACUCCAAGCCAAACACCGCAAGGAGCAGCGCGACCUGCAAUCCCGCAUCACCCAGAAGAAAAAAUCCGCGACCAAAAAGACCCGCAAGGGUGUGAACGACGAAUGCGAACGAUGGCAGCGGGAGCUCCUGGAGCGUCAACAGACCGAAAUUGCGGAGCUAAACGGCGACUUGAAUCCCCCAAUAGAACACUUUGACAAUCUGCAUAUCACGGACAACGACCAAGCGCCCGUAACAGCCAGCGGCCCAACAGAUGCAGACGCCAGUAAUGCCCCACCUGUACAAUCUACACCAACCCCUUCCGCCGCUCCUCCUCUCGAUGGUCCAUCCCAGCAGCCCACUAAAAGGCCCAACCGCCAAAAAGCCCGACUUGCCCGCCGCGCCGCUGAACGUGAAGCCGAAGCCGAAGCCGCCGCUGCUGAAGCAGCCAAUCAAACAGAUCACCGAAGUAACGAAAAGCAGGCCAUGCAAGCUGUAUUUGACCGCCUGGGCCUCAAAGAACGAGACAUCGCGCCCGACGGCCACUGCCUAUACUCGGCCGUCGCGGUGCAAUUGGCGGAAGUCGGUGUGGAUUUAAGCCUCGAUGAACGGACCCCGGCUGCCAAGUCCACUGGGGAGAAACAGCGAUCGACCAGGAAUGAUGGGUAUAAAACUGUAAGAGCCACAACGGGAAAGUUUGUACUGGCCAAUGCGGAUGAUUUUGCACCUUUUAUCGACGAACCCCUAGAGGAGUAUGCGCGAAAGAUCAUGUUUACCUCGGAGUGGGGCGGGCAGUUGGAGUUGCAGGCGAUGGCGAGGGCAUACGGUGUGGAGAUAAAUGUGAUUCAGGGAGAUGGACGGAAUGAGAAGUUUGAGCCGGGGGACGAUAAAGGAGGGGAGAGAAAGAAGAUCUGGUUGGCGUAUUACCGCCAUUCUUACGGGCUUGGAGAGCAUUACAAUGCCCUGUCAUGGGUUGCUUGAGGGAACGAGGCUCACAUAAAGAUGCCAGUAUAUGUGACGAAACGAUUAAUCCCGUCGACGCCAAAUCGAGACCCAGUCCAGCACAUUUCCCUUGUCAUCCAUACCAACCGUGUGGGUCCUCUUAGGCUGCCAGUGAGCGACGCGCUCAAGACCUU